AUGGCUUUCAAUAAACAUUUUAUAAGAACUUAUGGUGCUAAAGGGAAGAGAACGAUUAGUGUAACACCUUUCUCUCCAAUUUUAAAUGCAAGACAAGCCGUUAGCCGAUCACGAUCCGAUUUCUCUUCCAAAUCGUCAUCGAGCUACGACAGCAACCGUCCGUUAAACUCUUCUAUUGAUCUUGGAUCGGAGCCAGAUCUAAAAAAAAGUGGUGUUUCGGCUGAUAUUACGUUCGAUCAUGGAGGCAAUUCAACUUGCAAUCUUUUCAAGAUGUCAUCACCUAUUGUGCAGGAAGGAAAGCAAGCAAAUUUAUCUAGGAGUAUCUACGAUGAGUCGAAUAAUGGCGAUAGGACACCUUCAGUAACACUUGAUCCUGACAUACACAAUUCCAGUAUCUUCGAAGGCAGUCUCUCAACAAAUGACGUUAGCCAAACUUCUAUACUGCGUAAACGUUCAUUUGCAGAAAGUUUACUACCUUUAACAAAUAGAGAAUCGAAUCUUGAUUUGCCUGAUAUAUAUCAUAAAGUACUAGAAGAAUGCAAUCAAACGGAAGCUAUAACGCUGGAACAGUAUCUUGUUAAUAAAGCAUUUGUAAAACUUGGUGAAGGCACCUUUGCCGAAGUAUUUCGAUGUAGUAAUACAGAAGGAAAGGAAUCCAUCAUAAAGAUUAUGCCUGUAGAGGGAAAGGAGUUAAUUAACGAAGAAGAACAAAAAAAAUUUGAAGAUAUCUUGGCGGAAAUAGUCAUCGCGCGGGAAUUAAGCUCAUUAAGGCACAAGGAUAUUACAGGCAGGAAUCAAACGAAUAAUUUCAUUGAGUUGCUUAGUGUUGCCUGUUGCCGCGGUCGCUACCCUCAGAAGUUACUUUUGGCAUGGAAAGAAUGGGAUAAAAAAUAUAAAUCAGAAAAUGAUUGUCCCGACAUAUUUAAUAAGGAUCAGUACUAUAUUGUAAUGGAAUUCCCGUUUGGUGGUGUCGAUUUGGAACAUUUCCCAAUCAAAAGUACAAAGCAAGCUGAAAGUAUUAUCCAACAAAUUACUUUUGCUUUGGCCGCUGCAGAAGAGGCAUUGUUGUUCGAACAUCGAGAUUUACAUUGGAGCAACGUAUUGAUUCAAGAAACAGAAAUGGAAACCUGUGCUUGUGUGAUCAAUGAUCACAAAUACGAAAUACCAACGAAUAACGUCUACGUCAGUAUAAUUGAUUUUACGUUGUCAAGACUAGAACAAGAUGGUUGUAUUUCGUUCUUUAAUUUAUCGAAGGAUGAUGAAUUAUUUAAAGGUGAAGGGGACUAUCAGUUUGAAAUCUAUCGUAUGAUGAGAGAAAAGAACGAGAACGAAUGGAAAAGCUUUCAUGCUAAAACUAAUGUCUACUGGCUACACUAUCUAACUGAUAAGCUAAUUAACGAAAAAAAAUACCCUAGAGGAAAGAAAAGGAAAAAAUUUUUAAGUCGGUUAUAUGAUAACCUUUUGAAACAUGAAUCUUCUUACGAAGUGGUGACUGGAGAACUACUUACCACAUAACGAUUAUAUUAAUAUACCUCGAUGAGAACAACCUUUUCAACUAUAAAACGAAAUCGAAAAUGUUCAAUUGCUUCACUGUCAAAUCAAUCUCUGAUGUUUUACGCAGUGAUUCUAGUAAUAUUUUUGUUGAAG